GCCAGCCGCUUUCCAGAGCUUCUGCCAUCGGAGCCAUUGGCGUGCCCUCAUGGCAAGCAAAAACCAGGAGCUACCCCUCACGGCCAGGGAUCUUCAGGAGGGCCAUCACGAUGCCUGGCAGGUCUUCUUGGCCUACGCGGCCAGUGCCUUUCCCGAGAUCGGGCCCAGUGCUGGGGAGGACUUUGGUUUGGCGCUGGAAGAGGGUCAGCUGCGCCGUGCGGUGGAGGAGGCCGCGCGGUCGACCAAGGAGGCCCUGCAGCAAAUGCGGGACCUCAAGAAGGGUCUGCCCAGCGCCCUCCACGCAGCCCCGGCGCUGCGCCGGAGCUGCGAGGCGCAGGCGAUGGUCAGCUUCCGGCAGCUUCAGCUGGAGCUGCUGAGGACAUCCAAACAAGCCAUGCUGCAGGCCCUUGAGGAGGAGGUGGCCUCAUCAGAGCAGGCCGGCUCGGUGCUCUGCGAGAUCCGUGCGCUCAAGGAGGCCGCGGCGGAGCGGCAGCUGCAGCGCAGGCGCCGCAGCGCGGAGGCGCGGCGGCUGCUGGAGGACACCGAGGCGGCGCUGGCCAGGCUGAGAAGCUGCCAGCGCCGCAAGGCCCUGCUGCUGCGGGGCCGCAAGGCCCGCAUCUGCCGUGCAGAAGAAGUCACCGGCACCUGCGUGGGCCUGCUCGUCUUCCGCGGCAGGCACCGCCUGCGCAUCCAGCGCUGUCCAGGCGGGCAGCUGGGCCCGGAGUCGCUCUGCUGGCUACGCUUCGAGGCGUGCGCGCCAGGGAUGAUGGACAAUGCGGAGGAGGCACCUGAGUCAUGGCGCCGGCGCUUUGAGGAGGCGCUGUGCCACCUGUGGAUCCGCCAAGUGGACACCAGCUUGGCCGAGUCCAAGGGCUCGGUGCUCGCCCUGAAGGAGGUGCCCGACUUGCUUCACCGGCUUCAGCUGGGCCUGCUGCGAGCCGGUGACCUGCUUCAAGCCAUCGCUUCGCAGAGGCAGCUUGCCUUGGGUGACAAGGUGAGGCGCAGAAGUUGCACGCCGCAUGUGAGCUGAGGCGAUCGCAUGCUUCCAAUGCCCGAACGCCACGGGGAAACCGCGUGGUUUCUUCAGCGAACUGGGGACCAACUCUGGUUGAGGGCCAAAUAUUGUUUCACACAGCCUUGCAGGGGGCUGCUCAUCACACUAGCC